AUGGAGGACGAGGCAAACCAAGUGCAAGCCCCGAAUGAAACGCAGGUGCCCAACUCUGACAGCGAUUAUGUGUGGCACGUCACUGACAUGAAUCGACUGCACCGCUUCCUGUGUUUUGGUUCGGAAGGUGGUACUUACUGCAUCAAGGAGCAGAGGCUGGGCUUUGAAAAUGCAGCGGCUUUAAUGAGACUGAUUGAAGAAGGUAGAGGUUGUGAAGUUGUUCAGGAAAUAAAGACAUUCAGUCAAGAAGGCAGAGCAGCAAGACAGGAGCCCCUGCUUUUUGCGCUUGCCAUCUGUUCACAGUGUUCUGAUGCAAAAACAAAACAAGCAGCAUUUAAAGCUGUUCCUGAGGUGUGUUGCAUUCCAACUCAUCUCUUUACUUUCAUCCAAUUUAAAAAAGAUUUGAAGGAAGGCAUGAAGUGUGGCAUGUGGGGCCGUGCGCUGAGAAAAGCUGUGGCAGAUUGGUACAAUGGAAAGAAUGGCAUGGCUGUUGCUUUAGCAGUUACAAAAUAUAAGCAAAGAAGUGGUUGGUCUCAUAAAGAUCUUCUGAGAUUGUCCCACCUGAAACCUGCCAGCGAAGGAGUAGCUAUCGUCACUAAAUACAUCACCAAAGGGUGGAAAGAUGUCCAAGAAGCUUACAAAGACAAAGCAGUUUCUGCUGAGACUGAAAAACUUUUAAAGUACCUGGAGGCUGUGGACAGAGUGAAACACACAAAAGAUGAAUUGGAGGUCAUUCAUUUAAUAGAGGAAUAUGGUCUAGUCAGGGAACAUUUAUUGACGAACCAUCUGAAAUCUAAAGAGGUUUGGAAGGCGUUGCUGAAGGAUAUGCCCAUUUCUGUUUUGUUGAGAAAUUUAGGAAAGAUGACUGCAAAUUCAGUCCUUGAACCUCGAGGUUCGGAGGUGGCAAUAGUGUGUGAAAGACUGCAAAAUGAGAAACUGCUAAAAAAGGGUAGAAUACAUCCAUUGCAUGUAUUGGCUGCAUUAGAAACCUAUAAAUCUGGACAUGGAAGCAGAGGGAAGCUUUGGUGGCGUCCUGAUGAAGACAUUUUAGAAGCUUUAGAUGCUUCAUUCUACAAAACUUUCAAGACGGUGGAACCAACAGGAAAACGUUUCUUAGUUGCAGUUGAUGUCAGUGCAUCAAUGACCCAAAAAGUUUUGGGCAGUGUGCUGAACGCUAACACAGUUGCAGCAACAAUGUGUAUGGUUGUAGCACGGAUUGAAAAGGAUUCCCAUAUUGUUGCCUUCUCGCAUGAAAUGGUCCCUUGUCCUGUGACGGCUGAUAUGACAUUACCUCAAAUAUUAGUGAAAAUGUAUGAAAUUCCAAUGGGUACCACUGAUUGUUCCCUUCCGAUGAUGUGGGCUCAGAAAACACAGACAGCUGCUGACGUCUUCAUUGUAUUUACUGAUAACGAGACCUUUGCUGGAAACACUCGUCCUGCAACAGCUCUUAGAGAGUACAGGGAGAAAAUGGGUAUUCCUGCUAAAUUGAUUGUAUGUGGAAUGACGUCAAAUGGUUUUACGAUCGCCGAUCCAGAUGACAGAGGCAUGUUGGAUAUAUGUGGUUUUGAUGCUGGAGCCUUGGAUGUUAUUCGAAACUUCAUUUUGGAUUUGAUUUAAUUUCGUAGGCAUCUGCUCUUCCCAGUGGGUCCAUUGCUGGCAACAGACUUCACCCUGGGAACUCCUAGCCAAAUGUACUUUAUUAGAAUAUGGCAUAUCAAUUAUUAGAAUAUGCAUAUCAAAACGUUACCUUUUUGUGAAGGGAAAACAAGAAAAGCAGAUGAGAAAUCACUUUUCUCCUUUUUCCUGUUGCACACAGAUUAAAAUAACGGUGGGAAGUUUGCUAAAAGUUACAGGGUUAGACAAUAUAUAAUUUAAUUUCAUUUAUAAUAGAUUUUAAAUACUGAGAUUUCCCUCCUCCCCCCCCCCAUUGCUGUGUAAUGGCUGUUUACAAGAAUAAAUUGAUGAAUUACUCCUAGGAUGGGGCAGGAAAGAAAAGUGGUUUUAGCUUUUCAAUAGCAUCAGCUUAACAGCAGCUUAGUUGAGAGUGAUUUUUCUUUGGGCCUUUCUUAAUCUUCAUAUUUUCAGCAAAUUACUAAGGUUCAGCAGUUUCCAUUAUCAUACUUUGGGUCUACAAAAAAAAGCAUUUUCUGGCACACGUGAGACCGUGUAACUGUGAUGCAGUAUAAAAGUUACCCAGUGGAAUUUCACAGCGAUGAACCUGAAAGUGGCAGAGCUCAUGCUAAUCUUCUAGCUGGAAUAUCUGAAUUUUCAAGAAUAAAAUAAUUGUUCUUAGAGAGAGGGGUAGUUUCUGUACAAUGCGGUUUCAGAAGCACUGUUUUAGAAUUUGUGUGCUUUGGAGAAAGUUUUACAAAUGUGCUAGUAGUGAAGGGUCCUGGAAAUGGCUAGGAAACCACAUUCAGAACUUGCUAUAACUUCAGACAGCAGCAGCAUGCUUUUCAGUGAGAAAGAUCAGCAAGUGCAUGUAUCUUUGCUUACUCUCGAAAGCUGACUGGUAACAACCAGAAACAUAACUACAUUUUCUUCAAAAGAAUGUAUUAGAUGAUACAUAAAUAAUCUUCUUAAUGAGAAUACUCCAUUUUUACAGUCUUUUUGUAGAUUAACACUACUUCUGAUUUCUUAAAUUAAUUCAAUCUAAUGCUUUUCAAAACUACCUCCAGUUUAUAGUGACCAAUUCUUAAAAGCUUUUGUGAAAUGUACAGUUGCCUCAUGUUCUCAAAAUCUUGUUUAGGAAGUGAUUGAAACUAGAUUUUUCUUUUCUUUUUUUUUUAAUUCUGAUAGUAAGUGUGAGGAAAGAAGGAGAAAGCUAGUAAAUAUCUUAAAUAUCUUACCACUUCGGAACAGGAACUGAUAGCAAUUCAUGUGUAUAUGUAUUUAAAGUGUGUCUGUGUGUGUGUGUGUGUGUGUGUGUUUAUAGAUGUGUGUGUAGGGGGGGAAGUUAAAAGAUUUCUUUAGGAGAUCACAGUUUUAGAAGAUGAGAGUUGUUUUCGGUGAUGAUUUUACCACUUCUCCUUAGACGUUUGUCAGCCUCUUUUAUGACAAUUCUGACUAUUUUAAACAGUGAAUUUGAUGUUGAUUUGAAAAUAAUUAUGGUUUAUAAAAAUAACCUAACUGUGGUAAAUGACAUGGAAGACCAUAUUUUUUUGCCUAAAAAAGCAAGCUUUUAAAUGUAAAAUUCAAGUUCGUAUUAUACUUUUGAUACCUCUAAUUAUGCCUCCUACAUAUUGACUGUAAAUUCAAAGAUUGUGUUCUGUAGGAUGGAUAUCUAUUUGGUGCUAUCUAAAAUAUGAGAUUACGUGUUACUGAAGGUAUUAUGCUACAGACUUACACUCUACCUUAACAAAUCCAAAAUGGUGAGGGAAUCCUUUUCUGACAUGAAGAAACAACAGAAUUGUUCUAAAUCCAUGGCUUAAAGAGCAGAUAGUAGGUGUGUUAAUUUUCAGGGAACAUGAAUCUAGCUACUUCUGAAUUAUCACUGCUAUUACGAUACAGCUCUAUUGGAAUCUUGAAGAACACAGGGCUGCCACCAGCAGGCUGGGUAACAUACAGAAACAAACAAGCGUUCCUGCAAAAAACUAACAAAAUAGCACUUCGAGUUUGAACAAGAAAAUUAGCCAUUUCCUGUGGAAAACUUCCUACCAAGUGUAGUCUCCUUGCUGAAUAAGCGUAAUAAAUAUGGGGAAAGUACUUACUCUAUACAUGUUAAUUAUUUCAAGUAAAUGCACUGAUGUUUUGGAAUUAUUUUGGUAGUAAUGUGUUUUAAAUGCGACAAUAGUCAAGCAACUGAUAGAUAUUUCCUACUGAGCUAGAGAUGUUGAAAAUAACUGAUGGAUAAGUAUGUGUUGCAAGUACUUUUUCUUAUUUGAAGUAGUAUUUGUGAAGUAAUAGGAAAUGUGUUGGACUAAAUAUGGAAUGAGAAACUUAAACUGGUAUUUCAAGUAACUUCUGGCAGUUAAUUGUAGACAUUUACUGCUGAUAAAAGAUUAGUUAUUAACAGAUUGACUGACAUUACAGUAGUGUUGCAACUUUGAAAGCGGUCCGGUUUAAAAUACAAUUCUUUGAAGCACAGGGAAGGUGAGUUUUUCAGUAGAGCUUAUAGAAAAUGUAGCUCUCUGAAUCUGUUGACACUAGAUGUAGUUAUCGAGUGCAGUAGCUGGAGUACAUGAUGUGCCCCUAAACAUUUUCCAUAACUCUGCCAAAAAAUCUUGUUAGAAUAUUGUAUAUGGUGGUUGUCCAAUGUAAAGCUAGCACUGUUGAGAUUGUGUUGUCAUCUGCUCCUCCUUUAAAGUUUGCACAGAGUGGGAAAACCGAAGUAAACGCUGACAGCUGAAACUUGGUGGUGUGCUGACCCUUGUUCCUACUGUUGUCUUUCUGGGGUUGUUACUGUCUUAAGUGGCAUAAGAGUGAUGCUGCAUUUUCCUUUUCCAUAGGAAAAAGCUGAUGUUCUUUAUCUGCCUGCAUGCUGGAUUUUAGGAGGACAGUAUGACUUAUGUGCCGUGAUAUAAAUUUCUCCUAUAAACUCAUAAUUUCCAAAAUGGUACCUGAACAUGUGAAGGGGCAGCAGUUACUGUAGUGGGCUCUAAUUUUUUUUUUUAAACAAGAGCUAAUACAAAAUUGCUAAAUUUAGAUGAUAAUUCAAUAUACAAUAAAUAAGCUAUGCUUUCACUAAAGAGGAGACGUGACUCUUUCAAGUUAAUAGUGUCUUUUGCAUUGGAGGAACACUUCGACUAACAAAACAGAAAAAUGGGGCUAUAACUGUGCACUACAGUUUAUCUGUAAAAUAAAACAGGAAAGAAUUUAAAAAUAGUGAAUUUUUGAAUAAACAUUUUAAAGAAAGAAAUAAGUCUAAACAUACAGCUGUAAUCUGGGUGAAUGCAGGUUUCCUGAUAUUUGUUACCAUUAAUAGGCUUACGGUUUGACUGUCAUUUCACUGUGACACCCUAAUUAUUCUUAGUCUUAAACGUAAUAAUGUAAUACUCGUAAUGUUCAGGCACUUUACCAUUAAGAAAAGGAUCUAUGGUUGGAAGCACAGAAGUAAAAUGUUUAUGUGUAAUGAAGAGCUGUAACCAGUGGACAUCAGAGGGCAGGUUUCUUCAUUGCAGUGACACCCUCGAGAAUGUGGAAGAUUUCUUUGAAAUUAUAUAAUGCGUCACCACUGUAUAAUGAAUAAAGACAGUGGUAAUUUUGCCAAGAAUUGGCAUAUUGUGCUGGGAAUUUUAUAGCGAGGGAGAGUAGGGUUUGGGAUGCUUGUAGAACUUAAUUACAUGGGGGCUUAAUCUACAAUUCUCUGUGCUUAAAAAAAUAAGUCUAAAGGUCGGUCUAGAUCUGAAGUUAGUGAGGCUUGUCUAACUGCCUAGUAUGCGAUGGCCACUAAUAACUGGCCAUAAAGUAACUUGCUGCUUUAAACCAUAGUUAAACGUAAAUAAUUGUGGGAGCAGGAUGUUGUUCUCUUCUGUUAUUGUUUUUAAUAGGGGCCCAUAAAUACCUAUUUAUGGGUAUGGCUUUGAAAGUCUACGUUCUUGGCUUAAGUACACUAGUCAUUUUGGAAAUUUAUUUUAAUAAUGGCUCCAACUGUAAAAACACUGGGAAAAUAUUUUUCUCCUUUGGAAGAUGCUGUGCUGCUUAAUCAUGUACCUAACUUGUAGCCACCAUACCAGAAGCACUAGUGUUGGUUCUGCUUAUUCUGGUUUUUGUAUUAUGCUUUCUUCUGUGCUCUGCUUUUCUCCGUUCACGUUGGCUUUUUUCUUCUUCGCAUCAGUGCGAAGUUCAGCUUGUGGACUUCAGCUUAUACUUGAAUCUUCGCUCCACGCUCUCAUCCUUUCUUUUUUUUGCCUGUGUUCUGCGUUUUUGCCAUCAUUGAGCACGAUAGCUUAGCUAAGCAACUUAUUCCAGAACUGAUGUCAUAGUACUUAAUUCUAAAAGCUGGACAAUUUUUUUCCCCUUUCUUUCAUUAUAUAAAUCUCUAACGGAGUAUUUAAUUUGCUAUCUAUCAGAUUGUUGGUUUUGAAUAAAAAGUUGCGUAAAUUACAGAAGAGUAUCUUUAUUCAUUUAAAAACCCAGCAUCUGCCUUUGAAAUUAAAUGGCACUGUUUUCACAAAACAACCAUUUAAAAAUGGCUUUUCAAAUGCAAAAUCUUCUUUCUAGAAUUAGUUUGGUGGGUGAGAGCUUUCCAUUCUUUUACAUAUUAUCAAGUUGCUGUUAUAUGCAGAAUUAGGAAAACAUUUAAAUGAAUAUUCUAGAUGAAUGGGCAGCUUCACUGCAAUAUUGAAAAUAUGAAAAGAAUAGAAUGUAGAAAUAAACCUGAGCAAAAGUCACUCAUCUUGCUUGUACUUAUAAUUUUGCUUUUUAAGCAUUUGGUCAGAUUAUAGGUUUACUUAGCUAUUUGCAAUGGUUCACAGUGUACAAAUAGGUUGCCAGUAUUUUUUUUCUAAUGGCUUGAUUGCUGAAUUGGUAGAGAUUUCAUUGUACCACAACACAGUACAGUGUACAACACUGCCAAGUAAGACUUACGGGGAAAAGGUAAAACAAGACUGUAUGCUGCUCUGAAAGCUAAGACUUAAAAUUAGCGAAGUAUGGCGUCUUUAAAGUUGUGUGCUUACAUUUGGAUUUAUGAUUUUGAUACUGUAAAGUGUGGUUUCUCUGGGUAUUUCUGCGUUCUAAAUUUAUAUAUUUGCAUAACUGUAUGUGGGAUGUUGUGAACUUUUACAAAUGCUUCGUUAACAAAUAAUGAAUGGAGAUAGCUGUUUUCCUGAUGAUACCAGCUUUUUCAUGAAGCACAACUAGUUACAAUUAAAAUGUCUAUUCCAUUACUUUCUCAAGUAAAUGUGUAGUUCUACUCUGGCAAAAUAAUCCUGUGGAAGGAACGAGCAGAUAAGUGCAUUCACAGUUGUGUCUGCUUUGUGAAAUAACUUUGUUUGUUUCCAGCUUCUUAGGAAACAAAGUUAUUUCACAAAGCAGACAUUUGAGCUGGACGAGCACUUAAGUACAGUUCCUGUUACAGAAUAUUUUAGUGGGUAAUUUUUAACAUUCAGAUCCUAAGGAAACCAUUAUUGUAAGAUAAACAGCUUUUGUUCUAGAGACAAUGCUAUGUUUUAAAAAAAAAAAAAAAAAUUUGUUUUUGAUUCCCCCCUUUCUCCCCCCCCCCCCCAGAGUAGAACCACACUUUAGCUGCCAUAUCAUGUUUAAACAACUUAAAUGUAACAUGGCUUUGUGCCAUCCAAUAAUGAAGGCACUGUCUUGCUGCUACUUUCUAUGGGAUUACACAAAACUGAUGAGAAAAUAUUUGGAUGAGGAGCCUUAAUACAGUUGAAAAGAAGCAUAAUUAACCCUCGGAGUGCCUUAAGACAUAAUUUUCUGUAACAAAUUGGCACUCGUUAGGCUCUGCAGGCAAACAGCAUGCUUUCUCAACUGCUGGAGUGGAAUAUUGCCUUAAGUGACAAUGCCCUGAGAAUUCUGAAAUUUAGAACUCAAAGGGUUAUUUUAAACUAUUGUUUGGGGACUUUUUCUAAUGGGGAACAAAAUGAAAGAUUCCUUUGCAUACCGUUAUUACUUACAUUAUGUAUUCGCAAGCUUUCCAGCUGCACAAUUAUUAUUAACCUUGUCAGAAAACGUAACUGGGCUAAGAAUUAUACACAAAGAAUACUUUGAUACCAGCAUAUGUGCAAAAUAAAUUCCUUUAUUAAAUAUAAA